GUUCAUGACAUUGCUCGUUUGAGGGUGGAUUGAACUAUUCCCGGAGUGAUUGGGGUUGACAGUGUCACUGCCCUUGUUCGGGUCGGGUGAUCUUCCCGUAGAGAGAGGCAACUUUUCUAUACCACGAUUUAUUCGGAGAUAAGGACAGCUGAUUUGGGAUAGCAUGGCAGAUAAUGAAAAUGUGGAAAGUUCUGGGGAGAUGAUGCAGUUCGUGGAAGAGAAGGGAAAUGGUGGGGAUAAUGGCCACCGAUGUCAAUCCAGGGAAUGUAAGAUCGGAUUAUCAGUCUUUUUCAUCGCCAUGGUAACCAUUGCAAUAAUCGUGGGGGUUAUAAUCGGAACCAGGAUAAACUCAAAUACAGGAGAGGAAAAUGACGAACCAGAUCUAAUUAAAGAAGCAAUUUAUCUCAAGACAGAACAAAUAACCGAGCUAACAUCGCCCGGUUAUCCGGAUAGUUAUGAGGAUAUGAGCAGACAGUAUUGGGUUGUUAUCGCUCCUGAUGACUAUCGGGUCCGGAUAGAAUUUAUAGAUUUGCGAACAGAAUAUAAUUAUGACCUGGUGAGGAUAGGCAGUUCGAACCAAACGGAAAUUGAUUACAUUGCUUCAUUCAGCGGAUAUGACCUACCACCUGUCAUAACAUCAUCGGCCAAUGCAUUGUGGGUACAGUUAUUCAGUGACAGCGUCACGGCUGAAUCUGGUUUCCAUGCAAAAAUCUGGGCAGUUCCAGAAGGCGAUACCGUCAUUGAAUGCGAUGCAGAAGAGAAACCAUGCAAGUACGUUCAGGAGUGCUACGGCGAAGCCCAUGCUUGUGAUGGAAGCUCUAAAUGUAUCUCUGGAAAUGACGAGAUAGGCUGUGCAUGUUCGAGUUCCUUUCUGUUCAAAUGCUCCGAUGGUAGAUGUCUUGAUCGUUUACGUGUAUGUGACAAUGUAGUCGACUGCUCGGAUGACGAACAUAAUUGUGAUUUUGAAUGCGACAAUGGAAUCUUCACCAUUAACAGUGCAUUCCUUUGUGAUGGAGUUAAUGACUGUACAGAUUACACAGACGAAAAGAACUGCGAAUGUACGGGAGAGAAGUGGCAGUGUCCAGGCGAUGGGCCCUGUAUUUACCGGAAUAACGUCUGUGAUGAUUACCCUCAUUGCCCUGGUGGAGAAGACGAAACUAAUUGCUCGUGCCUGAGUUGGCAGUUUGAAUGUCAGAAUUCAGGAGUGUGUAUCCCGUAUUGGCAGAGAUGCGACGGAAACAAUACAUGUGGUGACGAGUCAGACGAGCAAGAUUGUCCAGUGUGUGCCGAUAAGCUGUAUCAAUGCGACUCUUUCCAGUGCCUGGCUGCAGAGAAGGUUUGCAAUGGACAUAAAGACUGUUUCAAAGGAGAUGACGAGAUGAACUGUGCGAAUAAAACAAUGCCUAGUUGCCCGACUGGAGAGUUGUCUUGCUCAGGUAAAUGUUUGCGACCGAGCCUCUUAUGCGAUGGUGUAAAGCAGUGCGCACGAGGAGAAGAUGAGAAGAACUGUACUCAACCGACAGAAAUACCCGAUGCCAGUGACUGUAUAUCGUGCAGCAGCGGGGAGUGCAUCCCAGCGGAAGCUCGUUGCGAUGGUAACGCGGACUGUACCAGUGGUGAGGAUGAGGAGGGAUGCACGACCCAAUCAUCGACAGGACGGCCAAUGACCGAUCCAAUUACUACACAAUCUCCAUGUCCAGAAACAGAAGAUCUAUGUACGUCAGACCAGUCGUGCAUACCAAAAUCAAGAUUUUGUAAUGGUAUACUAGACUGUCCUAGAGGUGAAGAUGAAGAUUCUUGCACAGAAACGACUGAUAGCUGUUCGGAGAUGGAUGAUGAUUCGUAUUUCGUUUGCGAUGGAAAAGAUGACUGCAUUAACGGAACGGAUGAACAUUGCACUUGUGGUACCAAGCCUGUGGCUGGAGCCAAGAUACUAGGAGGAAGAAUCGUAAAUCAAAAAGGGGAAUGGCCCUGGCAGGUACUAUUAACCAAGACAAACUCUACGAAAGGGGUUCACUGUGGUGGGUCAAUUAUCAACAGAAAUUGGAUCGUCACUGCGGCUCAUUGUAUCAGCUCACAAUCUGUUGGAUCAAUAUACGUCUUGGCUGGCGUGACUGAUAGAAAAGACGUCCAUGCGGAUAUCCAGUACCGAGAAUUAAGCCACGUGAUUCGACACCCUAACGCUUCGAAGGGUGGAUUCGACGUGGCUUUGGCCCGGGUUACGGAGCCUUUCAACUAUAACGCCCUGGUGCAACCAGUGUGUCUCCCUGAUGAAGACAUCAUCCUGGAUCCAGGAGAAUACCUGACCGUGACCGGAUGGGGUGCUACGGGAGGAGGCUUCGAUGGCAUUAAAUUGAUGGAGGUUCGGCUACCCCUAAUUCCUCCUCAAGCAUGUGAUAGAUGGAGCUACUUCAGUCGUAGAAUCCUCGAAGAACGAAUAAUAUGCGCUGGCUACGAGCGUGGAAUGCAAAGUGCUUGCUACGGUGAUUCUGGAGGCCCCGCGGUGGUACAGAGGGGUGGCAAGUGGACAAUAAUAGGAACUGUUUCCGGUGGGUCAAUGUGUGGCGCCCCCUAUACUCCGAACCUCUUCACACGUCUCAGUUUCUACGUUGCCUGGAUACGAUCGGUUGUUCAAGAAAACUAGCUAACCCUCAACGAACUUUUAUAACCACAGAAAUAUUGUAUGCCCAGGGUCGUAUUUCACAAAACUGCUCAUAACUUACACAGUACUUAACGAACGACCAGUGACGUGUUCUUUGGUGCCUUAUCAGAUUCUAAAUCACUGUUAUUAUUAUUUGGCAAAUGUGACAUCCAAAAUGUGUGUCAUCUCCUAGUAAUUAUGUUUAGAGCAGGGGGGGGGUCUCAUUUGUCUUCCAUGGGUGACAGCCUACGCGUUUCCUUCUCUUUUUACUAUUUUUUUUUGCUGUCGUAACCUCGCUUGGUGCAAUAACGACUUGAUUAAAGCAUUGUCUCUUGCACAUAUAGUAGAAUGACAAUA